UGCGCAUUGAGUUUCACCCUAGUCAGCAGUAUGAGAAAUGGUCCAUGCAAUCGUGAUUCCUCUCCUCGUCCCAACUCCGAGGUUACUCCAUUGAAUUUGACAUUUAAAAUGGUUAAGGUAAGAUUUGAGGUUAUGGUUAAGGUUAGGGAACUGUAGUAGGGGUUAAGGUUAGGGUUUAGGGUAGCGACGUCCCACGGUACCCGGGUAGCACUACCCAGGAUAAAAUGGCAGCACCUUUGAGGCAAGGAGGACAGCAGCCUCUGGAUGCUGCUAAUAACCUCAAAGACCUGAGAGUUGCUCUGAAUGGCUUCUUGGUCAAAGGAGAGACGCUCAAGCUGGAGACUAAGUCUGACCCCCUCCAUCCUGGGUGGAAUGACAGUCAGCGUCAGGGACAAAAAAUGAUGCACCAAGUCACUGGCAGCAGCAAUGACUAUUGCAUGAGUGGCCUUGCAGAGGAGUGUCAACAACCAACCAGCCACUUUGACUUAUGUAGCUCGCAAUCCAACAAAUUCUACCCUUCGCCUCCACCCCCUACUCUACAGCUGCCCCACCCAAACCUGCACAAGCCCAUGCCCUGUCAAAUGCAACAAGAGACCCAGAAUGAGUUCCACCCUCAGACAGUGAGGAUCCGAGGGCCCAGUGAGGCUCCAACUGGGACAGAGAGCUCCAAAAAAAAGAAAGGCAGCGUUGUCAAAUCCGGCCGUAGAGGGAGACCCUCGGGGACCACGAAGUCAGCCGGUUACCGGACAAGCACUGGGCGUCCGUUGGGGACCACGAAAGCUGCGGGGUUCAAGACCAGUCCCGGCAGGCCUCUGGGUACGACCAAAGCGGCUGGCUACAAGGUUAGCCCUGGCAGGCCUCCUGGUAGCAUCAAGACUCUGGCUCGGCUCAAGAAACUGGAGUACGGGAGCUGUGAUGGUACCAAGAAACUAGACUUCAGUAACUGCGUCGGCGGAGCCAAGAAACUGGACUAUGCCAGCUUCGAAGUGGCACCUUUCCCUUACAACCUGAUGCAGAAACGAGGCUUGCGUGAGCCUACGGGCAAAGUGGAGGAACCUAACGAGUAGUUAUGCCUGCGUCUCUAUCUAUUGCCUGGAAAUCAUAGUUGAGUGCUUGUCCUAAAGGGUGUUGAUGACCAGCAGGGACACAUGUAGCCAAAAUAUUGGUUGACUUUUGGAUAUGUCUGGCACUGGUUCCUAAUGAAUGGCUCCUCCUCUCUUCAUUGCACUCUGCUGAUAUUGUCACCAUGUCAUCUGUCCCUAUCCAAAGACUGAAAUCGCUCUUUUUUUCAAUAAGUUUGUAAUCUUAUUUUACAGAAAUUGCAUGAUAAAGCAUAUAAUAAAUACAAUCAAUAUACUUUAGCUAAACAGGAAUGAGAAAUAGCCUACUAUUCGUCAUAUGUCAAAUGCUCGCUGUCUGGAGAAGGGUUGAUGUUUUGUUUCAAUGUUUAAAUAUCUGACUUUCAUUCAUCUGUUUAUUUUAUGCUCUGAUAUAAUGUGCUUUUAUCAUUAGUAGUUUGCUUGUCCUCCUGAUGUUUUCCACAUUGAAAAUGCAUCUGAGUAGAAAACAACACAAAACACACUAGCAAAACAUGAAUCUUAGCAGGAAACAACACAAAACACACUAGCAAAACAUGAAUCUUAGUAGGAAACAACACAAAACACACUAGCAAAACAUGAAUCUUAGUAGGAAACAACACAAAACACACUAGCAAAACAUGAAUCUUAGCAGGAAACAACACAAAACACACUAGCAAAACAUGAAUCUUAGUAGGAAACAACACAAAACACACUAGCAAAACAUGAAUCUUAGUAGGAAACAACACAAAACACACUAGCAAAACAUGAAUCUUAGUAGGAAACAACACAAAACACACUAGCAAAACAUGAAUCUUAGUAGGAAACAACACAAAACACACUAGCAAAACAUGAAUCUUAGCAGGAAACAACACAAAACACACUAGCAAAACAUGAAUCUUAGCAGGAAACAACACAAAACACACUAGCAAAACAUGAAUCUUAGCAGGAAACAACACAAAACACACUAGCAAAACAUGAAUCUUAGUAGGAAACAACACAAAACACACUAGCAAAACAUGAAUCUUAGUAGAAAACAACACAAAACACACUAGCAAAACAUGAAUCUUAGCAGAAAACAACACAAAACACACUAGCAAAACAUGAAUCUUAGUAGGAAACAACACAAAACACACUAGCAAAACAUGAAUCUUAGUAGGAAACAACACAAAACACACUAGCAAAACAUGAAUCUUAGCAGGAAACAACACAAAACACACUAGCAAAACAUGAAUCU